AUGGAUUCACCCAACCAUCCACUCAACAGAAGAGAAACCAUCCUUCAAAAAUUAAAUCAAUCUUUCCAUCGUCAAUCCAACGACAAUAACUCUCAAGUCAUUACACUAAAUGUUGGAGGUUUCUUAUAUACAACAUUUAAGGAAACACUAUCAAGGAAAAUCAAUGGAAAAGAUCACUUGUUAUCCAUCAUGUUUUCCGAAACUUGUUUAAAUUUUGAUUUUUCCAAAGAUGAACGUGGAAAUAUUUUCAUUGAUCGGAAUGGAAAAGUAUUUUCAUAUGUUUUGGAUUAUUUGAGAGCAGAGGGAAAUAUUGACAAAUUUUCACUUCCUUUUAAUGAUGUUUGUUUGAUGGAACAAUUGGAGAUGGAAGUUGAGUAUUUUAGUUUAAUUGAUUUGUCAAUCUUGUUGAGAGGAAGAAGAAAGUGUUUUAAAAUUGAGAAGAAAAAGUAUACGAAAAGUAAAACACCCACCAAUGCUACUAUUACUCCUUUUGAUAAUAUUAUCGGAGGAGGAAGUAGUAGUAGUGGUGUUGGAAGUGGUGGUGUUGGAGCUAUCGGAAGUGUUAUUGAUAAUGAUAAUGAUGAUGAUGAUAAGGAAUUGGAUGAAGAUGAUGCCGAUGAAUACUCAUCAAGUGUUUUAUUGGAUGAUGAAAGUGAAAUUGAUUUGGAUUUUGAAUCAAAUAAUGAAACAGUUGGUAGCACUAUUAUAACGACAAGAUUUAUUGAAAGAGGAUUAUCAGUUAUUGAUCAUUCAAGUGAUGACGAUGAUGAAUUUGAGAGGAAGAGAGCUCCACAUAGUGCCACUACUCCAAUUAUAGGCAAUGAUGGGAAUGAUUGUGAUGAUGAAGAAAAUGAUGAAGUGAAUGAGGAUGAAGAUUCAGUUUCAACAUUUGAUGCUGCUAUUAAAAGUGUUAAUACUCAGGCAAUUCCAACAUUGGUCAUUAAUCAAACAUUGAAACCUCCUUCUCCUUCAAUUGCUAAACAAAAAAGUCAUAAGAGAACUAAGUCAACCUCACUUUUUCAUUCCUAUCAUAAUAUCAAACAUAGAAUUUGUAAUGAGAAGGGAGAACCUGUGAUUGGUUAUUCAGAAGAUGCUAGUGUUUGUUAUAUUUUCCCUAAUUUAUCUAGAUAUUAUUAUCCAAUUAUUUGUAAACAACCUAUUCAAUUGAGAGGAAUUGAUAGAAGAUUUGCUAAGAGUCAUAAUUAUUUUGAGAUUACAAUUAGAAGUGAUUUGGAAGACAGAAUUGACUAUGUUAAUUAUAAUAUUCCAGGUAUUGUUGUUGCAAUAAUGACAAAUAAUCAAAUCAAGACAAUUAAGCAGCACCACAAAAAGGAUUUACCAAUAGAUCUUAAAAAAGAAACAGUGAAAAAGGAAAAGUUCAUCUUUAAAAAAAAGAAAAAAAUGGGCAACAAGCAAACAGCAGGAAGUAAUUCGCUUUCUGGUUCGAUCGGAAGUAGUAGAAUAGCUGUUGAUGUUGAUCAACAUCAUUUGGAAGAAUCAAUAACAUCAUUUGUUGCUGAUAAUUACGAUCCGAAUGCUGAGGAAGAAUAUGGCAUGGAGGAUGUACAAGUCGAAGAGAUGAGAUUGGCUGUAGAGGGGAAGAUUGCAACAGCUCCAUUUGAAAUUGGGCAAUGGGUUAAAGAAGUUUUAGAAUAUUCAUCACAAUAUUCGCCAAGUUGGACUGCUACCAAUAUUAUUGGUAAAUCGUAUAGUAUUGAAGAAGUUGACUCUGGUCAGGUUGAUAAUGAUGGAAAUUCUAUUAGAAAGAAUCAAGUAACUUCCAAACCUGAAGAUUGGAUUGUAUUAUAUCAAGGUAAUCCACAACAGUCAAGUCUUGCUAAGGAAUCAAGAAUUUUCGUUCCUCCAAUUAAGAAAUAUUGUUGUGUUACAAAGAUUAUCAAAAUUGAAAUGGACACAACUGACAGUGAAUCUUGGAGUGAAAUUGAUGCUAUUAGAAUGUUUGGUAUCAUUUGUGAUUCGGAAGUUGUUGAUGCUAUGGCACCAGUUUCAACAGCAGUUCAUCAUCAAAGUAAGGAAUAUGUUGAGGAUUUAAAGACACUAUUUAUUAAUGAACCAUCAACUGAUUGUGUCUCACUCAAGCUCCCAAUCAAAAAGAAGAUGCUUGCAUCAACUCCAGAAAACCCAUUGUAUAUUGUAUCACCAAAAUUGUAUUAUGUUCAUGAAUUUUUAUUGAGAUAUAGAUUCCACAAUUCUAGCAUACUCGAUAAGUACAUUGUAAAGAGUGAGGAUGAAAUUACGGACAUGUCACCAAGUUCAAAUUCAUUCUCCAUCACAGAGUCAGCAGCAAAUAGCAUUAUUAAUUAUCUCUAUUCUGGAUCACUAUUCCUUUCUCCAUCCAUGUUUAAAGAAAGUGAAGAAAAUGAUUAUACUUCCUCUGAAGAUUUCGUUAGAGAAAUAUUACAAAUUUCAAAUGCAUUUGGAAUUGAAACUUUGAAGGAAGCUUGUACUCAAACUAUUGAAAUUUCAUCAUUGAUUGAUGAAAAAUUCAGACAACAUGUAACAAUAUCCAUUUUCAACCAACUUGCUUCCACCCUCUCUGUCAAUGAUUUAUAUGAGGAUAUGAGAGCUGUAUUUGAAGAGGCUUGCACAAAAGGUGAAAAUUAUGAUAGAAGAGCUGCUCCUGAUAUCAAGAUCGUAUUUUCAUUGUCAGAUGUGAAAUAUGAAAUUUUCUUAAAGAUGAUCAAGUUUAUCUAUUGUGGAAUCCUUGAAAAGGGAGAAAUUACACCAGAAGAAGCCAUUCCACUCUACGUUGCACAAAAUCAAUAUUUACUUGAUUCUUCUGUGAGUGCAUCAGUCAUCAAGGAGAAUUUAUCUGAAACUAAUGUAAUGGAAAUCCUAGGAUUGGCCGUUCAAUUCUCAUAUCAAGAAAUUUCUGAAUUCUGUACCAACUAUUUAAUGAAGAAUAUUGAACGUGUUUAUGUGGAUGUUAGAAACAGAUUCAGAGAGGAGAGAGAUAAUGGAACAUUGAAUGAUGAUCCAAUCUAUCAACAUUUGAAAGAAACUAGUUACAUCUGGGAUUUGAUAAUUAAUAAUGAUAAUUUGCACUAUACAUCCCAGUGGGCUUAUAGAUUAAUUGGUUUCUCAUCAGAAUAUAACGGUUGGCCAGCAACUAAUGUUAUCGGCCCUUCGAACACCUACCCAGAUUAUGGCGAUAUUAAAACAGCUUGGGCUCCAAAACCAUCAAAGAACUCUAAGGAAUUUUUGGAAUUGGAAUUCUAUAACCCAACAUUCAUUACUGAAAUUCGUGUUUAUGAGACAUAUAACCCAGGUGCUCUUGUUAUGGUAACUGCUGUCACAGAAUCUCAAAAGGAACAAGAUGUAAUCUUUGAACAUGAACCAGUUGCUCACCUCCUUCCUGCACAAUCAAGAAUCAAUGUCAUUCCAAUAUCUGAUCCAAAGAAUGUCAUGCAAAGAAAGUACAAAUACUUACGUCUCGAUAUAGAUACAUCGAAGAAUUAUAGUUGGUAUGAAAUUGAUGCCGUUUUGUUGUGUGGAUUCAUAGAAAAGAAAUAA